CUAUUCAGUGGAGUGGAUGUGUGGUUCAAGUCUGGGUUUAAGGGUAUUUUUUUACAAGCUUGGAAGGAUAAACAUUCAGCAUUGGCCAUGCUGUCAAUCCAGCAAGACUUCUGUCAUUUUCAAAACAACUGGAAACUCAGAACUGGGAAAUCUCAGACCUCAGUGAGUUCAAGACAACUGGGAACUCUGGGGGAAAAAAGUGCUCAGACUGGAAAAAUACAUUUUGAAAGGUCAUCCAACUCAGAAUUCCAAGUCGGGAACCCCAGAGCUCCGACCUGAAGGUCACUAACAUCAUGAUUUGACCUUGUUCUUUUUUCAAGUUCCCAGUUGUCUUGAAAGCACCAUAAAUCCAGAGAAUGCCAGACUUUGACAAAGUUUGAUGACAAAAUGUGCCCACAAAGGAAUGCAGUGCCAGCUUCCUGUUCAAGUGAGCACAGCACAACAAGGGUGUGGGCUAUGGGGUGGAGGUCUGAGGCAAUGCCUGGUUCUGGCCCCCCUGGGUCAAAAACACCCAGCAGCCCUGAGAUGAUGAGUGGCCCUCCGCCCUGGCACUCCUCUAAGUGAUGAAGACCCCUGCUAUCCUCCUCCUCAUCCUGUCUGUCCUGUGCAGAACUGUGCUUGUGUCAACGAAGACGGUGAAGCACACGGUAGAGGAAUGGAACAGAUACAGGAACGAGUGCCUGCUGAGAAUGAGCACGGACCCCACACCCCCAGGCUUGUUCUGCGGCCGUAUGUUUGACAUGUACGCCUGCUGGCCGGAGGGUGUCCCCAACACCACGGUUAAAGUGCCCUGCCCGUGGUACCUCCCCUGGUACAACCAAGUUCGUAAUGGGUAUGUGUUGCGGGAGUGUGGGCCUGAUGGCCAGUGGGCCGUUAACAACACCAGCAGUACAUGGAGGGACCACUCCCAGUGCAACGCAGACAACAACCAGCAGGUGGCACAGGAGAACCAGAUGGUGAUCUUGGCCUACUUCCGGGUGAUGUACACUGUGGGCUACUCUCUGUCCCUGGCCAGCCUUUCCCUGGCCCUCAUCAUACUGCUCAUCUUCAGGAAACUAAGGUGCACCAGGAACUAUAUCCACACCAAUCUGUUUGCGUCCUUCAUCCUGCGAGCCAUAUCCAUCCUCACCAGAGAUGCUGUCCUCACCAGGGACACCCCAGAGUUCAGAGACAACAGAGACGUGUCCAACGUCCUCAGUGAUAAGGCCCUGUCUGGCUGCCGUGUGGCCCAGGUGCUGAUGCAGUACUGUGUGGGGGCUAACUACUACUGGCUGCUGGUGGAGGGCCUGUACCUUCACAACCUGCUGGUGCUCAUGGUCUUCUCAGAGAACAGCUACUUCUGUGGAUACCUCUUCAUCGGCUGGGGAUCCCCAGUGUUAUUUGUGGUCCCCUGGAUUAUAGUGCGGUACCUGUAUGAGAAUACACGGUGCUGGGAGAUCAAUGAGAACAUGGCGUACUGGUGGAUCAUCCGCACACCCAUCCUCCUGGCCAUUCUGGUCAACUUUUUCAUAUUUAUUCGGAUAAUACAGAUCCUUGUCUCCAAAUUGAAGGCAAACCAAAUGAGGUACACUGAUUAUAAAUUCAGGUUGGCAAAGUCCACUCUGACCCUCAUCCCUCUCCUCGGCAUCCAUGAGGUUGUCUUUGCCGUGAUUUCAGAGGAACAGACCGAGGGCGUCCUCCGAAAUAUCAACCUCUUCUUUGAACUUUUCUUCAACUCUUUCCAGGGUCUACUGGUUGCCAUCCUGUACUGCUUCGUCAAUAAAGAGGUGCAGUCAGAGAUAAAGAAGAAGUGGCAGCGAUGGAAGCUGGGCAUGAACGUCCUGGACGACCUUCGCAACACAGGCAGCAACACGCCACAGGGGGGCACCGGCGGCGGGCAGUGCCACCACGACCCGCCCUGCCAGCCUGACUGUCCACAGGAGGAUACCCACAACCUCUUCUCGGACGCCUCCGCCUCGGGGCCGCAUGCCCACCCGCGCCCACACCACCACCCAGGGGCCAAAAAGGGAAAGGCCUACUGCUACAUUUCCGCCCGCAAGCAGGUGCUGAACGGCCUUGAUGGAGCUCCGCUGGAAAAAGGGGGCGGAGAGGGAGCCAUCAAAUACUCUGAGAGCUACUGCUGAGUGGCUCGGUGAGGGGGCUAAUGACUAGCUGGCUACCUUUGUCAUUUCUAGUGGGUGGAAUCCAAAGCAGACAACCUGCCUGCUUCAGUUGUGUACUUCCAGAUCUAUGUGGCCGACUGUAGUUAGUGUUUCAUCGAACCCAUGUCUUAAUAGUUGUGUGAACAUGAUCCGGGACUCAUUGGAUGAUUGGCAGAAUGUUUUUUCUGCACUGGCCAAUCAGGCUGUGUGUUGUGACUCCUAUAGGUUUUCAGUAGCAGAUAAGAUGACCCAUCCCAAGUGCAAUAUCGCCUCAAUCGACCUAGAUUGACUUUUUAAAAUUUUAUUUAAGCUUUAUUUAACUUAUUUACAAUGACAGCCUACCCUGGCCAAACCCGGACGACGCUGGGCCAAUUGUACGCCGCCCUAUGGGACUUCCAGAUGUUGAGGAAAGCUACUUCAAUUAGGAAAUGAACACCGUCCAACCUUGAUCUGCUCUGAUUCGACUGUUUUGGGGGUUUGCUUCUUUUGUUUUCUACCUCUUGCUCUACUAGUGGACAAAAUGGAAACGUUAUGUGCCAACCGUGGACCGUCUUUUCAUGUGCAAUGGAUAAUUCUAACAAUAGUGUGUCUAUAUGUUGGUAUUGGACAAACUCAGUGAGGGACUUAGAGAAGGCAAGAGGGGAGUAAAACCAAUAUUGUCUUCCCCAGUGAGCUAGCUGCACAAACACUAUGGUUUCCCUUGGCAACACUGUGUUUUGAAUUCUUCUCACCCAAUCGUUUAACAUCUCUAAAGCCCCUUGCUCACUCGUCAUACAUUUACUGCAACCUUAUAGGCUUAACUGAAUACAGUGAGCAAAGGAAUGGCGUUCUUACGCAAUAUCGUAGACCUUAAGGCAGGCACAUUACUAUCAUGGUGGUGGCUGUGUCUGCAAAUGAGAAAGAUACAUUCUCGGAUUACACGCACUGUCAAAAUGGGUUGAAUGAUUUGUAAGGUCCUAUUGACAUAGUGAAAACUAUCACAGAAUGGAAGGUGAACGUAAUUUAGAGGUCUUUUAAGCGCUGUAUCUACAUGCAAAUGAAAAGACGAUAACUGGAAUGGCGUAGUCUGUGGCACCUUCUUUCAUCUUCUCGAUUUAUCACAGGCUUAUGCAAUCUGAACUGCAUAUGAUCUCUAUCGCGGUGAGUUCUGGUAGCCUGUUGCCCUCCACAAAUAGUUUUUUUUUCUUGUAGGUUUUCCAGACUAACCAUAACCACUUACCAACCAGCUGACAGUUUUAUAUUCCCCUGACCACAGGUCGUAACAUGCCUAGAGGGAAUCUCUCUGGGAAUUAAGGUCCCAGUCCCCAGUACCCCUGCUGUCAUGUGGCCUAGACACUAUGGUGCAAUAGGAAAUGGCGCUCUACAUGAUGAACCACAGCUACAAAAUGCUCAAGUAGUCUACUGUAUGUGUGUUGAUGGUAUGUAGGUCUAUGUGUCUGACAGCAUGUUUGCAAAGCUAGGAUCCAUUCUAUUCAUCCUAUGUGAAGACAUCUGUUACAUUACAUAUAUCUGUGCAAGGAUGAAACAAACUCAGUUCUCCAGGCUGGAAUCUGUGACAAACUAAAUGUUUUGCCCUGAUUACAAACUCACCCUUAGUGAAGAUUUGAAAUACCAAUCAACCAAUAUGAGUUUCGCUAAAAGGCCACUUCUUUUUGUGUGUGAACCCAGCUAACAAUCUCCUACUCUUAUUUAAAGAAGGGUCUCAAUCUAAAACGAACACAGCAUUGUCCCUAACUUCUCCAGAUAUAGCUUGACUACUCGGUGUCUAUGGAUCUGUCUGAGCAUCCAGAGCCCUCAACUCAUUUUACGGUUUGUCAUUUGAGGGUCACAUUGCACCUAGUCGCUAUUCCCCGGUUGAACAGUGGUUCUAUAGGCAAUUAAACCAGGCAGCUGUCAACUUCCCUGUAUUUCUGUCUUCUCAUUCACUCCAAAUGGGACCAACCCAUUACCCAAGCAUGUCCACCAUCCAUCUCUCAGUGUCAUCAAAAUGUAUUAUGUCAUACAAAUGAACUGAUCAUUUAUUUCACUAGCAGUAUUCCUACUAAGGUCAUUACUGGUGCUUGCCUCGAUGCCUCUGGUGGCAUAGAUCACUACUCUAAUGGUGUGUGUGUGUGUGUGUGUGUGUGUGUGAGAUAUUAUCUUAAUUUCCAAAGUGGCUUGGCUGAAGCUCACAAAUUCUGAAAUAGCAUUCACAAACUGAGCGUUGUACUUUACAUAUCCUCUUGUAUAAUGUACCUUUGGCAACAGCACAUGUAACCUUUUGGAAUUUUGUUUGUAAAACUGCUUAUGUCAGACAUUGACUCUUCAAUAAAUAAAAAACUAUCGGAUGUAGCAUAGAGUUAGUUAGCAUUGCUAGUAUGUGUUACAGUGGUGCCGUGACCUGGAUCUAGGAGAGUGGACAGUAAACUGUGGUCAAAGGGUGGUGGAUUCCAUGGAUGCCUACGGUAGAACCAUGCAGUGAGUUAGUACUGGACUGUCACCCUGGACCCAUAAUGCAUUGGGUCCAUUGUGGCAUGGGUGGAACGUAUUACGUAAACGGACAUGACCUUCUGACUUAACUCGACAUGUUCUAUAUACCUGUCAACGGGUAAACUGGGUGCACUGACACUCUAGUGAUAUUUCAGUGUGUGUGAAUAUGUUAUCACGGGGCAAUUACAGUACAAAGAACAGCACCAAAUCUGACAUGCUGUAUAUGUGACACUAUUUUUAUUCACUUUUUAUGUACAUGUUUGUUAUUUUCACCAGUCAUUUAAAUUAAAUUAUUCUUAAUCUGC